GGGGGGGAUUCUCUGAAAAAAUUUAUUUGGGGCUAUCUGCAAUUUGUGAUUUUGGAAGGUGCUUGCUUGUGGCUUGUCGUGGUUGGAAGAUCUAGAGGAGCUUCUUUUUCAGCAGAGCAAUUUCUUCACUCAAAUUUCUCAGGUUGAAGAGGAAUCAUAGCGCAAAUAACAUCUUGCUAGUCCAAAUUCGACCACAUUUUAAGAUGGUAGAGGAUAUUUCACCACAUUUCAGAAGUUUAGAACAAGUUUUGGUUUGUAGUUUGGUGUUGGAGAGGUUUCAGGGACUCAUCAAAAUAGGUGGACAAACUAUAUUGAGUUGUGGUGCACAAGGACGACGACAGAGGGGAGGAGGGCACGUCAAUUCUAAUUCCACCGCCAACAGAUGUUCAUCUGCUAUCCAUGAAAUGGAUCUUUUAAUGCCUGUUGAAACAGAUGUUAUGGGAGGUGGGAAAUCUGUGCAGUACUUGAUUACACAUCGACCAUGGUUAAGUCUGUAUGGGACAAGAGUUCGACCAGUUUCUGCUUUCGGAAGCUUAAUCAAUCAACCUUUUUCUGAUCCAGCACUUAUUCAUCAGAUUUUGCCUGAUGAGAUUCUCUUUGAGGUUUUUGCACAUAUGACACCAUACAGUUUAGGAAGGGCUGCAUGUGUAUGUAGGAAAUGGCGCUAUGCAGUACGGAUACCCAGCCUUUGGCGCAAAGCAUGCAUUAAUACUUGGCAGCUAUCUGGAAAAGAAGAAAAUUUUAAGAUUCUGCUAACAGAAUAUGGAAAUUCUUGGCGUCAAAUGUGGCUUCUUCGUCCUAGGCUUCGUUUUGAUGGGCUGUAUGUGAGUCGAAACACUUACAUCCGUGCAGGGAUUGCAGAGUGGAAAACUACUAAUCCAGUGCAUGUGGUAUGCUACUACCGCUAUGUGCGUUUUUUUCCAAGUGGAAAGUUCUUCUACAAGAAUUCAUCACUAAAGCUCAAGGAGGUUGCAAAAUCCAUGCAGGGUCGGCCAUCAAAAGCUAAUUCUGUCUUUUGUGGUCGCUACACGAUGGUGAAUGAUCAGAUUGAGGCAGCUAUUUUGUAUCCAGGUAUGCGGCCUACUGCACUAAGAAUCCGUCUGAGAGUGAGAGGGACAACUACAGGUGCAAACAAUCGGCUGGAUCUCAUUUCCCUUGUGACUAGUGGCGUAAGUGGCAAUAAUGUUGAAGAGGAUAAUGUGCCAGAGACAUGGGCAGAAGAAAAUGAAACUGAUGUACCUGCAGUUUCUCAUCGAAGGGGAUUAGCCUCCUUAGUAUUUGUUCCAUUCGAAGAGGUUGACACAUCAGAUCUGAAUUUGUCAGUCGACAAAAUGGAUUACUUUGUCCCAGGCUAAUUUAGCAGAUUCAUCUUCAGUUCGCUCUCAGAUGUGAUCUGUUCAUCUAUGUUGCAAUGAUAAUUGAAAAAUGUUGUAGUAAAAUGUUUAUUUUUUUAAUUUGUGCUUGCAAACUCCAUUGAUUUUUAUUGGACUACCUGGGAAUGAUCCUGAAAAAUGGAGAUCUUCAUUAAAACUCAUUUGGAUCAGUAAGCGUUACCCAUAUGUUGAAAAUUCGUGUCUUGUACAGUCAUAGUUCUCUUACUUUUUAUAGAAAAGCAAUAAAAAACAUAUUUCAAUAUUUCAA